AUGCCAGUUCCAAUUGAAUACUCAUAUGAGGACACAGAAAACAUAUUGGUGUUAGAUGAACUGGAUUACGACCGGUUUGAAAUGGGUAGAGAACUUCAACAGUGUCUUGCUUCCAUUACAGAUGAGCAAAGAAAGGUUUAUGAUGUAAUCAUGGAUGCAGUAACCAAUGACAGUGGUGGAAUGUUCUUUCUAUAUGGCCAUGGUGGAACGGGAAAAACGUUUCUAUGGAAAACUCUUUCGGCUGCAGUUCGUUCGAAGGGAAAGAUUGUAAUUAACGUUGCAUCGAGUGGUAUAGCAUCGUUAUUGCUCCCCGGUGGAAGAACAACUCAUUCUCGAUUCGGACUACCCAUAGAUGUACAUGAGAGUUCCACCUGCAGCAUAUCGCAACAAAGUCCACAUGCAGAGUUGCUCAUAAGGGCAAAGCUUAUUAUAUGGGACGAGGCUCCUAUGAUGCAUAGAUACUGUUUUGAAGCCCUUGACAAAACAAUGAAGUCAAUAUUACAGACUGACAAACCCUUUGGUGGUAAGGUGGUUAUUCUUGGAGGUGAUUUUAGGCAGAUUUUACCAGUUGUGCUCAAAGCAUCAAGGCAGGACAUAGUACAUGCUACGAUAAACUCCUCUCCGCUGUGGAAUUUCUGUCGUGUCAUGAAGUUGACUAAGAACAUGAGAUUGCAGUCAUGUUGUUCUCCAUCUAAUGUGGAUGAGAUAAAAGAAUUUGGAGACUGGAUACUGAAUGUUGGUAAUGGGGAUGUUGGGGAAGACAAUGAUGGUGAAGCUUCGAUAGAGAUUCCAGAUGACAUGUUGAUUGGUGAUUCAGAAGCUCCAUUCAGAGACCUACUCGAAUUCGUUUACCCGGAUUUGUUGAGUAACAUGUACGAUCGAGAUUAUUUUCAAGGGAGGGCAAUUCUUGCACCAACUAAUGAAUGCGUCGAGUCUGUGAACGAUCACUUAAUGUCUCUCCUUCCAGGAGAGGAGAAGGUGUACCUGAGCUCAGAUAGUAUGUGUAGGGACGAGCACACAACGGAGGAUAAUGCAGAAAUUUAUUCGACUGAAAUCCUCAACACAAUAAGAUGCUCCGGAGUUCCUUCUCAUGCGUUGAGGAUCAAGGUUAGUGCACCCGUUAUGCUAAUAAGAAACAUCGAUCAAGCUAGAGGAUUGUGCAACGGUACCAGACUUCAAAUUAUUAGAACUGGCAUUCACGUUCUGAGUUGCAAAAUUCUUUCCGGAAAAAAUAUCGGUGACAUGGUGUUCAUUCCUCGGAUGACUUUAAUACCAUCUAACUCCGGACUGCCAAUUAAAUUUCAGAGAAGACAAUUUCCGUUGAUUGUUUCUUUUGCAAUGACGAUAAAUAAAAGCCAAGGCCAAACUCUUUCGCAUGUUGGUUUGUAUCUUCCUAGGCCUGUCUUCAGCCAUGGUCAACUAUAUGUUGUAGUGUCCAGAGUUAAGAGCAGAGGUGGCAUUAAGAUAUUCAUCAAGUCGGAUUCGGGUGAACUCACCAAUGUUACUAGAAAUGUCGUGUACAAGGAAGUAUUUCAUCGAAUUUGA